AUGAUUGAACCACUCCGCCUGUCACCCUUGACCCGCUCCGACUCCCGCCCCCCUUCCAACAACCUCUCGCACCGUCUAUCCUCCCGACUUCGUAAUCCGUCCUCAACACGAUCGCCAGAUUACAUACAACAUCACCAGCAUCCAUACCACGUCAUCGCCGCCGCCAUCAUCAGCACCUUGGCCCUCACCGACACCACCGUUAUCCACAUCUUCACCUUCAUCGCCACCGCCAUCAUCAGCACCGCCACCCUCACCGACACCGCCUUCAUCCACAUCAUCAACUACAUCGCCACCAUCGAAAUCACCGACCUCAAUCGUAACUACCAGCCUCGUACAUCCACCACCACCACCGUCGCCACCAUCAACCCGCCAUCAACUCGCCAUCAACCCGCCAUCAACCCGACAUCAACCCUACUCAUCAACAUCACCUCCUUCCCGCCUACCAUGCGCUCGCCGCCCGGCGCAGACUAUGGCGCGGUCGUUCGUCGCCUGACACAGCUGUGUCAGCAGGUAGACGCUCUCGUCGCUCCAGUCCCUGUGCCUGCGUCGUUGCAGCCGCAAACCGAUGGCCGAUCUCCGUCGCCGACCCCGUCUACAGUUGCAAACAGCACCGUCACCAUCCCAAGGCUCGUCCUCGUCGGGGGCCAGAGCACCGGCAAGACCUCGCUGGUCGAAUGCUUGGCCGGCGUGUCACUGCCUCGUUCUCAGGGUACGUGCACUCGAGGCCCCCUCGACGUCACCAUCACUUCGAGCGACGCAGGCACCAAGUGGUCAGCCACAGUGCACAUCCUCCUGCCGGCAUCACACCAGGAUCACACCCAGGUGCAGUUCGGAGACGUCAUCCAGCAUCCGGAUCAUGUCGCCGACCGACUCCGUCGAGCUACCCUUGCCGUGCGCGAUCUCGCCAGCCUCCCCGUGCCUUCUUCGUCGCCACAUGGCCUCAGCCCCGUCAUCAUCGGCAACAAGUACGACCUUCUCUCCGAGGACGAGCUCGACGAAGCUGAGGACUCGGAUGCCCUGCCGACGUUCUUCCCAAAGGGCGCUAGGCUGUCCCUCUCCGUCCGCGCCCCCGAUGCCGAGCCGCUGCGCUUCACGGACCUCCCCGGCCUCAUCUCCGAGGGCCACGCAAAGGACGUCACCGCCAUCCGAAAUAUGGUGUUCCGCGACAUCUCGGACGAGAACACCAUCAUUGUUCUCACCGCCUCAUUCGCCAUGGACAUCGCGCAUCAAAACGCCUUCUCUCUCGUCAAGACCGCAGACGCUCAGGGCGAUCGCACCAUCGGCGUGCUCACCAUGCCCGAUCGCAUGCCCUCCGGUGCAGAGCGACAGUGGUCAAAGGUAAUCAACGAGUCGCUAUCGGGACAUCGCAACGGCAAACACUACCUCAAGCAUGGCUGGCAUGUCGUUCGCUGCCCCGCCCAGCACGAGAGUCGCGAUGACGUCGGAGGCCUCGAGAACACCUUCUUCAAGGACAAAGACCGUGCAUCCCCCUGGUACAAGACUGUCGCCAUGCUGGACUCGGAUCACGGCUUCAUCGAAGAAUGCUGUGGCUUGCAGACCCUGUACCUGCGCCUCAGCCGACUUCUGCUUAACGCCAUCAAAGCCACGCUGCCGUCCAUCAUCUCGAGGCUCCAGUCCGCAGCGGCACAGCACAAGGCUGCCUACGACGCCAUCGCAGCCACGAACCCGACCACCAGCUAUCAGUCCCUGGUAUUGGGCAAGUUCCUGGACACCGACGUCGAUUUGUAUGGUUCACGCGUCCGCAGCUUUGACGUCAUUAUCGAGCUCAUUGAUGCCAUCAAUGGCCUAAACGAGCAGCUGCGAAUACUCUCAAGCGAGAUCGCAAAGCACCUCGUCCCCUACCUCCGCCUGCACCUGAUGGCCCUGGCGCCAAAGUAUGUGCCGCUCACUGCCACGGAAGCUGCAGAGGCCGCAGUUCUCCGCUCGUACGAGCCGCGACCUUGGUCAUUCGAGGCCAUCCUUGGCCACGACGUCGGCCCGAGCUACUGGUUGGGCGCUGCCGACAACGACUUUGGUGACGAUGAUAAGGGCCAGUUCCGGAUCCGCUCGCCAUCAACUGAGCCUACGGCUGAGCCUGGAACCUCAAGCCGCCAACUCGUCCGUCGCUCAAAGCUCAAGAAGAAGAGAGAAACGCUUGAUGACAUCACCAAUGCGCUCGCCUCAAACCCACACAUCAAUCACAUGGCCGCACCAAUCACGCACCUCACCAACACGCACACGUUGCUACAGGCAAGGUUCCGAUCCGUAGUACAGGAACACCAUCGCCGAUGCAAGGACCGUCUUGGUGAGCUCGUCCACAGAGCCAUUGGUACAAAGUUUCAAACCAAGUAUCCACACCUCUGCGAGGAUGUCGUCAAGAUCGCCAGCGGAUACGUGCAAUCGCGCCUCGAUAGCGAGAUGCAGGGACUGGCGGAUCGCGUAAAGGCACAUGCGUUGAUUGGGCAAGGAAGCGCAGGCAUCAACAUGGGCGAGGACAUGGUCAGCAAGUACAAGCAGUGGGUGGACGAGGAGAUGCAGGCAUACCUCCUCAUCCGAACCAGCCUAGUGGCUCGACAACGCGCCGCCGAAGGCAUCCACAAAGACUUUGUCAGCAACGCAACUAAGGUCGUCACGUCGGCCAUCAGGUGUGGCAUGGUGCCGGCAGACACUACAGGCAAGCCUGAGGCUCGAGCGACGCCCGAGAUGGCGGAUGACGCGCUUGAUCCGGCUUCUCCCCCCGCGACGCCCAAGAAGGAGAGAAAGCCGAAGGGCACGGCCGCAGCAGCGGCGAGCGACAAUGGCGCGGGCGGAUCGAUCCCGAUGCUGCCGCAGCUCCUGCUUGUUCAUCGUCUCAUGAUCGGAUCCGAGGAAGAAGGCAUGCUGCGGCUCAUGGCUGAGCUGCGCGCCGAUUUCAACUUCUUUGCGCUCGAGGUCACCAAGGAGUGCAUCCGGAUCCCGACGACCAUCAUGGAGACCCUACAUUCGACGCUGCGCAGCGAGGCGCUUGCCGUCAUUCGUGCCAACCGGAGCGAAGAGGAGCUCUAUCAACGAUACUUUUACGAGGCGGAUCGCCCGAGGCGCGAGCGCAACGAGUACACCAGUGCGCUUGGCCAGCGCGUCGAGGGUCUCAACGCUGCUGUCGCCGAGCUGCAGGCGCUCCAGGUGGAGCUCGACGGACCUAUGAGCACGUCACCCUGGCCGGCGCCGGGACCAAGCAGGGAGUCGACUCAUACCCACCGCAAGAACAGGACGAAGAUGCUGGAACUGGAGGCCUUCGCGAACGAGCGGUCGCCCUCGCCGACGCCCACGCCGACGCCGACGCCGGAGCGGCUGCCGCAAGCCUCGCUGGGAAUCAAGAUGACGCCGACGAAGCGAUCGCGUGCGGAUGCGAGCGGCUCGGAGCAGCGGCGCAAGCCGUCUUCGUCGGGCCGUAUGCCGUCUUCAUCGGGCCGCACGGCGGGUCGAGACUCGGACGCGGACGCCAGCCCGACGCCGGAGGGCUGGACCGACAUCAUCUCGCUGCCCUCGUCGUCCGACGUCGAGGACUAG